AACGAAAUCAUAUGGUUGGUUUCAAUUAUUUGGCAAGUCAUACAUUAUCCAACUCACAUCGAAGGUAGUGAAUAAAAUAUCAUGAUUAUAAAUGUUCUAUACUGAGAAAUCUAGAAAAUAAGCAAUAGUUGUUAAACCUGGAAUCAUCCAAAUCGUGUUAAAUCAUAUUGGUUAAUACGUAAGAUUAAAAAAAUAUUUGUUGUAAAACAUAGACACGGAUACUUUGACAAUCACAUAUAGGUAUUAUUUAUUGUAAUAUGUAUUGAGAGAAUUAAAGACCUCCUGCGGAAGGACACAGGUGCUAACAAAUCGACAUUUGCGAGCCCAAUGCAAGAGUAUGGUGGGGGCGUGUCGAGCAAGACGGGGGAGUACCGGGACAGCGGUCCCGAUGGCGGGCGCGACCGGGGCAUGUCCCACCAGGCUGACGGCUACCAGCCCCAGCACCAAUACGCCGUGAUGCAACAGAAGAACUAUGGAUGUUCCAGUAAAGAUUUGUCGGACCAAAACAUGGCUACGUACUGCCGCGUUGCAACUGGGAUUUACGAAGCUACCGCGUCAAGCCAGCAGUACCAAAAUCCAAGAUAUAACAAUCCAUCGGCUCCGACUUUUAGUUCGCCGCCUAAUUCCCCUCUCGUUGGCCUUGUUUUUGAUCCAUCUUCACCUAACUACAGCGGCCCUGGGAUGAUAGGCGACCGAACCGUCAACGCGGACAGGCGAUCCCAAAGCUCCUGGUCUAUCUCCAAUCAAGAACCGAUCGGAACUGGCGCAAAGAAGAAAAUAGUGAAAAGUCAAGACAAGCGCAACGCGUACAGCGCUGACCCUCGCUAUCACGAACGCUACAAGGACAACAGCACCGAGGUAGACCGCCAGCGGAAGGAACGGAACUUGACUUCGGAAUCCACUUCUAGCCUUGAUUUCUUUGUCGAAGGAGAACGAAUGGUAUCAGAACUUUGCAACAUACCUGACUCGCGAACUGAUUCUAAUAAUCAAAAACAAAAUCAAAAUCAGAAAGCAUCCAAUCAGGACGAAGACAAGAAUAAGCCUUCGGUUUCUUCGGAGGUUUUGCUCACUGCCCUAGACAAGAUCGUAAUUCAUGAUCAGAUUCCGAAUCAAAUUGUUCAACUAGCUGUGGAGGCUUGUACUGAUGCUGAAAAUAUAGCAAUCGCACAUCACAACAGACCUUGCUUCAAGAAUAUACACUCUAUCUGUGCCAAAACUCGAUCUAAUGUUCAAAAACCUGAUAGCGCCGUUGCUAAUUUGCAUUCUCAAGGCAUUCCAUGGGUCAUCAAAAACUUUAUCUUCUCCUUUGUACGAAUUUUAGAUGGUUGGAAAGGCGUAAAAGAGCUGCUCAGUGAGAAACAUGACACAUUUUCUAGAAUCGAAAACAAAUACUAUAGUCCUAACAUAAGGGAGUGCUUCGUGCAAUGGCAAGCUGUUACUAAAGAAAUGUUAACUCACAUUUAUAAAACAUUCAAGUGCCUUGACCAUGGUUUCACCAUGGAACAGAAAAGCUUCACUCAUAACUAUUACGCUACCAACUCAGCCGCACCACGCAAUCAAAAUCAGAAUAAGUUCCAACCAGCCAAGCCUCACGCGAGUACUCCGCGUCCAGUGAACGCUUCCCCUCAGCCGUUCAACGCAGUACAACCUCCGUGGGUACAGAACCAGCCGCAAACAGCUUCUCAAAGCUUUAACGAAGGCCCAUGGCCUGCACGAUCUGGAGUAGCAUAUAAAAAGUAUCCCGUAGUACAACCACCAAACUCGCACAAUUUUUAUCCUUUGAAUGAUCAAUCUGAUUUAGAUAACUACCAGAAAGCUCAGUACAAGUGCGACCCGUGCAGUGUACGUGAAGCCAAGCCACGCCAAUCUUGGACUAUUACUAAUGUUCCUGAUUUUCGAGCUCUUGAAGGUAUGUGCCAUGCCGACCAGCGGGAACUUUACACUCAACUGAAACACAAGAUGGAUGCGGAGCUGGGCAAAGCGCCCGGCCAACCACUAUUAGGUAACAUGCCUUGCGAUUUAUUGCAACGUAGAGACAUGGAACUGAAAGCCAAAAUGAUUCCUUUGAGCCAUGUGGAGAAAACAUUAAUACCGAGCAUGGCGGCGGCAGCCGACAUAAGAGGCUGCUACGUUCAGAAGAACAAUAGCUGCGGCGACACAAAGGAAGAGGCUGAUUUUUUUGCGGCAUGGGGUCAGAUGGUCCAAAAAGAACCUAGCGAUUUUAUAACUCAUCACGCUCACAAUAUUCAAAUUCCAUCAAAUGUUGUGACGAUUUCAAAUAAUAUCUCUGGCCCCGUGCAAUUUAUUGAUCCAGAAAACGAUGAGUUUCACGAAAUGUCUAAAGUGUAUAUGAAACCCGGCAGUUACAAAGUGCCGAUUAAACCAGCCGAUCCAAUAUCACCAUUUGUCCAAGGAUCCUCUCAGGACGUGGUGUACGACAACUCUGUAGUAGACGAUAUAGCCCUCAAAAUGAAAGUACCCUUUCCACCCGUUACUUUAGCUCCACAACCAAAAUACAAUCUCGAAGCAUGGCCUUGCUUAAUGUCCAGGCGUACAGACGAUAUAUUUGGUGAAGAUCAAAAAAUGAUUCCUAGACAUGCUAUACCUUGCUUAGAUAUGAGAGCCGCAGACUCUCUUGAUCUGCUUAGCUCUAUGACAUCAGACCGUGCUUGGGAAGCUGCUAAACAGUCCGCUCCGAAGCUAAUGGAUUUUAUUCAUGAAGGAUCCAAAUCUGACACGGCCCGUUUAUACGAUGCGUUGGGUCUGAGUGCAACAGACGAAUUUUCUGAAGAUUUAAAGCAAGUCAAACUUAGUGUGGAGCAAAACGAUGCGUGGUCUACCGGACUAUCCAACCACUUUAUGUCCAAAGAUCUCACUAGUGUAUGGAAUCAACAAUCAGCCAAAAAUGAUUACAUAUUAACUAAGACUCAAGAUCAAUCUAUCUUUGUUGAAGAUACUGUAAAACUCCUUGAUUCUGAGACAAAAUCUCUUGAACCUGAUGACCCCUUGGAAGUUCCUGACAGUAGAAAUGACGAGGAGAAAAAGGAAAAUACUCGUUGCCCCAAUUUUGAUCAAUCUGGUAAUUACGUGCGAGAUGACAAUCAGAAGAAAUCCGGUGGAAAACCAAAAGUCGCAGUGUCAGGAAUGUGGUACCAUCCCAAGAAGAAGAAGCCUUUGGCGGCAAAUACUGUGAAGAAGUUUGAGGCAAUACUAACAAAUCUAUCUCAAAUCAACGAGGCCACAUUUAUUCAACAUGAUAUGGAUAUAAAAGUGGCGCCUAGAUUUUACGAAGUAGUGAAAUAUCCAAUGUGUCUUCAUGAUAUAUCAACUAAACUGAAGAAUUCUUCUUAUACCGAAUAUGAUCAAGUCGUGCAAGAUUUCAGGCGAAUUUUCAACAACGUGCGGCUUUACCUUAAGAGCUAUCCAGAUCCCACUAUGAAAAAGAAUGUCAAUAAAAUUUCUAGUGAAUUUGAGAAAAUGUUGAAUGAAGAGUUUCAAAACAAAUGGGAAUCAAAGUCCAAGACUCAGGACGUCGCAGACUCUCAAGAUAACACCAACAAAAAGGAUGAAAAAGAUUCUGUCGACGCUACCAUCGCUGAAGUAAAGAACGAAGAUAAUAAGAAAAGCGAUCCUAAAUCGAGCGCAGAUGAUAAGAAGUGAUAAGGCACUUUAUUCACACUAAGUUAAGGCUCUGAAGAAAAUCUUCCUGUACCGAGAGGAACUCUUUCGCCAUUCAAAUUUUUCGAGUAUUAUUUUUUUGUUUAAACUUUUUUUAUUUAUAUAUUUAUUUGUUUCAACGACGAGGUCGUCCAAAAGAUGGUUACUCACGUAAAAUCUGCGAUCAUCUGUCUAGUACGAUUCUGAAACUGGUCGAUACUAUGAAUAGGUUUAAAAUAAGCAACCUCUAGUCAAAUAGCAAAUUAUUUUUUAAAACAAAUGUCAGUGACGUUAUCAGAACUUAUAAUACAUAAGAUUAUCAAUUUAAUGUGUAAGUGCUUGCCAGUUUUUCGAAUGGACUUUAUUAGCUUCCGAACGACGGGGCAAAACUUAAUGCGUUGUCUAUUGUUUCUCUCUUUCCUUGCACGAUUAGUUUGUAAUUUCGUUUUGUAUAUUUCGAUUUUCUUAUUUCUUCCAUUGAUUCAUUAUAUAAUAAUAAUCCGUAUUGAUUUUAUGUGCAGAAAAACAAAUUUAUGUUUUGAUGCGACGUCAGUUGUAAUUUAGUUUUCUUUGUCCCACGAUACCCAGCCACAUUAGAACAUUGAUGUCCACAGCUCAUGCAACCAACACGUCGAAUAGAUAUUAGUUCUUUUUUAUAUCUCUAUCUGUGAUGUAUGUUUAGGUAAAAGUUGAUAAUUUGAAUCGUUUUUCACGCUUAAUAACUAGUUGUACGAUUCUCUUGAAACAUGUAAAUAGAAAGGAGUAGAUGUAUAAAAAUUUGAACUUAAAAGUUUAAGUUGUCUUGGAAACCCUGCGCCAUGCCACUAAUUAAUAAUUGUACAUUAAUUUUUACAAAACACGCGUAAAAUUUAUUCCCAAAAAGAUGUAGUGUCGGGUCGCAACAAGUCCGAUGCUCCCAUAUAACGAUAAACUGGACGACGUUAUGAACCCUGGGAAUGGGACUUAUUGCGGCUCGGGCGAGCCUUUCAAAACUUAGUACUGUCUUUAUAUAUAUGUACGUGCAAUAACAUUUUUUUAUCUAAUUUGUUCGUUUGGUGUUCCACAUUGGUAUUUAAAUAUUUUUUUAAUUAAUUUUUGAGUCCAUUUUACCUGCCAUAGAAAAUAAGUGAAUUGCUUACGACGUCAGCUUUCGGAGUAAUGUUCGGCGACACAUACAGGUUGGUGAUUGUGAUUAAAUUCUAAAUUUCAAAUUUGACGACGUUCGAGUUAAUUUUAAGUAUUCAUUAAGUUGUGAUUUUAUUAUUUAACUUAUUUACCUAAAAUUAUGGCAAGGAACUCCUAUGAUAAUAAAAGAGUUAUUUUGUA